AUGUAAAAUUAGUAAUCGGAAUGCCAAUAUGUUACGAAUAGGAAUAAGUCAUAAUCUAAUAAGGAUCUCAAUAUACUAUUUGUAAUUUAUAUAGUAAAAUCAAGUUAACUCAAUAAAUACUGGAAAAAUAACGAUCAGGUUAAAUAUCAAUGGAUGACAAUUUGUUGUUCUCGCAUUUCUACUAAAGACACCCAUUCAUUACUAGUCUCAACUAAAGUGCAGAAACAAAUUUAUUAUCAGAAUAUAUUCCUUAUAUCAAAUACGUUGAAAUAGAUUAAAAUACUAUUGUGAUAUAGAAUGGAGAAUACGGAGAUCUAUUUUAUGGUUUGAUAUAAGGAAAAAUCAAUAUCAACGAAUUAUGCUUCGGAAUUGAGGCCUUAAAUUAAAUGGCCUACGUUUAAGAUGUCCAAACAGUUGAGAAAUCAAAGUUUCUGAUAAUCAGUAGAUAGAACUUUUAGGAAGCUCUACAGAAGGCAAAAUUCAAGGAGAGAAACAAUCUUAUCGAAUUUAUGAAGGAAUCCUAAAUUUUUUAGAGGAUGUCCAAAAGAACGAUUGCGUCGUUUAUAAAUUUAUUUACUUUGGUGUAUUUCCGAAAGAAUCAGAUAAUUUAUAGAGAAGGAGAACAAGCGGAUUACGUUUACAUGAUAAGAGUAAUCGAUAGUUAUAAUUUAGGAAGGAGAAUUUGAGUUGAGUAAAUAGUUUGAUAUUCAGAACAAACACAAAUCGAUGCCGAUCAGUACGAUAGGGAAGCCUGAACUAUUUGGAGAUUUGGAUUGUUUGAUGAACACGAGUAGACAAUAUACAGCGAGGUGCAAAGAACAGGCUUAUUGUUAUAAGAUUUCAAAUUCAGUAAUAAUAUGAAUAAAGUAGAACUUUUAUGCGAUUAUUUAAAAGAAUCCUCACUGCGGAAUUGAGAAUUACAUAAAUAACGUUAUGAGAACUUAGACUUUGAGCAGACAGGAGAGGUUGUAGACAGCUUCAGCAGUGUUGUCAGGAAAUAGGAACUUGAUAUUUGGAGUGGAGGAGAUAAAAAAGUCGAACAAGAAAUUAGAGAAUAAGUUUCAAUAUAACUCUUCACCAGGCAAAAUAACUUAGAGAUUCACUCCAAUUUAUAGUAAUUCCAAUAGAAAAAAAAUAAGAGUACGUUGUGCUACUUUGUACAAUGAAGGCACAGUUGUGAGGUGUUAACAGAAACAGCAAGGGUAAAGUGAUCGCCAAGAGUAACUUAUAAAGUUGAAGGGAUAAUUGUUUGAUGAAAUAGAGAUACCGGAUAGGAUAAAAAGAAAAUAUUAGCAAUAAUUAAAAGAACUCAAAGAUUAGACUCUUAGAAGGUAAUUAUUGAUCAUAAGAACAUAAAAUAAUUAAUCAAGGAUAAUAGCGUAAAGCAUGAUUUCAUGA